AUGGCUAGCGAACAACCAAAUGACGUGGCUGAGCCAGAGGAUGAACUCGGAACUGGGCUCACAGUUCUAGGUCUGAAGGAACGUUAUGAUCAUCCGCCUGACCCCAAAGUAGGCAGGUUCUUUGAUCUGGAAGUGACAACGCGUCCUAUGGAUCCUGAUGAAAGAACGAAAAGGGAGUUUUGUGACCUUCCCGAAAUGAUUUUCAAUAGUAAGAAGGACCUUGUCGAUUUUGCUUGUGGUCAUUCGUCUACCAACUGUUUUUGUCUUGCUGUUACUCAUUCGAAGAAAGACCAGUAUGUUUAUCUUAGAUGUGAAUAUGGCGGUUCUCCAAGCCCAGGUCCUUCUGAUUCCGAAAGAAAACGAAUCAGCUUUACAAAGAGGAUGAAUUGUCCAUUUCGGCUUUCUGGGACAUGCCGUAAAGAUGGAACUUGGAGAUUGAAUCCCAUUGAUUCAAACCACAAUCAUCCACUCACCUUUGAUGUGGAAUUUCGUGCUUUGGCUCGCCGAUCUGACGCAGAAACGAUUGACAGGAAGCGUCAGUUAGUGGACGCCGCCGCUGAUGCUCGGAAAAUGUGGGUCGACUUGCGAAGGCGGUAUCCAGAGCAUGUAAUUGACCCUAGAGAUAUUUGGAAUGUUAUUGCAAAGAAAAAGCGACUCAAAGGUGCUCCAUGGACAACGAUUUCUCGGCCACCUGCCCGUUUAAAUGAUCAUCAAGAUCAGGAAGUAGCACCGCCGAAGGGUAUCUCUGUCCAAACAAGCUGGCCAGUUCUUCAUCCUAAAUUUUCUGCUGCUAAGCGUUCUAUGAGUGUCGUCAGCAUAGGUCCUAAUGAAGAACAUCAAACAGCUAAUUAUAUGAACCCUAAACUACAUGACAUUUAA